CCAGCAUCCCUCCACCAAGAGAAAGGAAGCUCUCAAACAUCUCACCAUUGUUGAAGGAAGCUCCACCAAGAAGGAAGCUCUAGGAAAAAGUAUAAGCUCCAAAAGUGUACAAAACUUGAGGAAAAGCUAGGAACUUGAUUUAGAGUAUCUUUGAGCUUCGCCGGAGUUUCGCCGGAGUUGGUCAAAGUUGGCCGGAGUUGGUCAAAGUUCGCCAAAGUUCAACCGGGAAGUGUAGAACGCGCUUAAGCUCACUUAAGUUUCAGGUCGGGAUUAAAGCUUGCCGCUACCGCCCGUUGUAUCGGAGAAUUCAAGAGAAGAAGACGUGAAAUGGAGCCAAUUGGAAGGAUCACGAGGAGGAACCCGAUGGGCCGUGUACCGGGUGGGUCCGAACGUGGCAGUCGGGGGUCCACUAGGGUGUCCAGGGGAAGGGGCCGUGGAGGCCAACAACAAACCGUGAGCGAUGGCCACGUGGACACUGAGAGUGAGACUUAUUGGUCCUAUGAGGACUCAACCUAUAGGCCGGAAACCGAGCCGGUGGAGACCCCAUAUGAUGGGGAAGAUGACGAUGUAAGUGAAGAGAGUGAAGACGAUGGCACUCUUGGGAGGAUCGAGGCGCUGCUCCAACAAUACCACCGGGAGCGCGAAGAGAGGAGACAACGCCGAAGGCGCCGAACGGGGCAACCUUCGGGCAUGGCUUCGAGAGGAGGAAGCCAAGGUGCUUCUAGAGUCCAUGUUGAACCACAUGGAGGCCAAAAUGUGGGAGGUCCAACCAUAAGAAUCUCCAAAUUUAUCAAAGAAGCACGAGAUUUGGGGUGUAAACCGUUUGAUGGAACAGGAGACAUCUCCGUUGCG